AUGUCAGAUAUUGUUGUAGAUAACAAAGCAAAUGAAAUAACCAUAAACUUAAGAAAGUUGAUUGAUGGAUGUAAAAGUAACCGUAAAGCAUCAAGCGCAGUAAGACGAUUGAAAAAGUUUAUUCAAAAACAGUUUAACUCAACUGAUAAUGUUUACAUACAUCCAGAUGUUAACAUGAGAAUAUUUUCAAGAGGAAACAAAGGAUGUGUUGGAAGAAUUAGAAUACUUGUACAAAAAUGUACCGAUUUCUAUAAUAAAGACAAGACAUGUUUCAGUAUAAGUUCAAAACCAGUAGCAUCAUUUAAGUCACUUAAAGACAUUGCCAUUGAGAGAACUGAGGAUAACCAAUAA